GUAUAAACAAGUCAGUGGGGCAGUGGCGAAAAUGAUGCGUUUAAACCCUUCUAUUAUUGUGUUCUGAAGCGGUGACACCGGUAGCAUGGCAUUUGAUGAUUUAUUAUCAGACAUGUGUUUUUUGUUGGCCUUCGGGUCCCGUGCAGCAAGGCGUGACCAGGGCGUGACGUCAGCCUCGCGAAGACAGCUUGUUUUGGAGGAAGUGAACAGAGCUCGAUUCGGCUAGCAGCUAGCAGGUUAGCUUGAGAGGAAAACCGAGCGUUAACUGGACCUGAACGAAACAGACCCCGUUACCACAUCGUUUUACGCUUACAUUGACUGUAUUGAUCUUGAUUAGAAGGGUUAGUGGAAACGUCAGUCCUUCGACAGCUGCGCAGCUGUCGACACUCUGAACGUGUUGUUUAGUUGCGGCAGACAUUUGUUGGAGCUGUUAGCCUGCCUGUCUGCUGUCCUGCGCGUUAGCUAACACUUCCAUCCGAAGCAGAGGAAAAGUCCAGCGUCCCUAUUUUUUCCUAAAGGUUCAUCGCUCAGACAGCUGUGGCAAAAUGACGUCCAGGAAGAAAGUACUUCUCAAAGUCAUCAUCCUGGGAGACUCAGGAGUUGGCAAGACCUCACUGAUGAACCAGUACGUGAAUAAGAAGUUCAGCAACCAGUACAAAGCCACAAUAGGCGCAGAUUUCCUGACAAAAGAGGUCAUGGUGGACGACAGACUCGUCACAAUGCAGGUAAACACACUGAGUGUCCCUUUAAGCUCACAUCCUGCCCCCUCUGCCUUCCAGAUUUGGGACACCGCGGGGCAAGAGCGGUUCCAGUCUUUAGGCGUGGCCUUCUACCGCGGGGCAGACUGCUGCGUCCUGGUGUUUGAUGUGACGGCCCCCAACACCUUCAAGACCUUGGACAGCUGGAGGGACGAGUUUUUGAUCCAGGCCAGCCCACGUGACCCAGAGAAUUUCCCCUUCGUGGUGCUAGGCAACAAGAUCGACCUGGAGAACAGACAGGUAACAACCAAACGAGCACAGGCUUGGUGCCAGAGCAAGAACAACAUCCCGUAUUUCGAAACCAGCGCCAAAGAGGCGAUAAAUGUGGAGCAGGCCUUUCAGACGAUUGCACGCAACGCCCUUAAACAGGAGACUGAAGUGGAGCUGUACAACGAGUUUCCCGAGCCAAUCAAGCUGGGCAGGAACGAGCCGGCCAAGCCGUCAGCAGAGGCCUGCAGUUGUUGAGGACUCUGAGGAUCUUGGGGGUUGCCAUUGCCCACACUACCCUGUCUUGCCUUGUCUAUAUACCCCCUUUCCCAUAGUCCACUGUGUUAUGCCCUAAUGCCCAACAUACAAGCAGCAUCCCACCCAGAGUAUAUUAUUACACACCAACAUGCUGCACUCACCUCUCUAUGUAUACAGAUACACAUUUUCUAUCAAGUAUCAGUGUCCAAGCCCAAAGAACACCUUAAGGAAACAUUCUGGCAUUAACUUGUAAGAUGCUUAUUACUUCCAAGUGUUUCCCAUUCACAGCUCUGGUGGUUUGGGCUAAUCUCACUUUCAGUUCAAGGUAUGGCUCCCAACUGCUUUUAAUUGAAAACUUUGUGGGAAAUCUGAGCACUGCUUCUGUGUUGAUCUGGACAUUUAACUGAGGCAAAUUCCUUCGUCCUUGUUUUUUAAAAUAAAUGAUAAUAUCAGUAGCAGUGGUGGGUGUUCUCUCUCUCGCAGCCCACAACUGCUGCCCCGUGUUUUCUCAUUUGUGUGAUAACUUCAAUUUGUCCAAAUAGGCGUUACCAUGGUUUCACCAAACAUCAUUUGAAGAAAAUAAAUACUAAAUCUGAAUAUUCUGAAAAGGGGCUUGUGGAGAGAACAUUAAUAUGCUGCCUGCUGAUUCUUGUUAAUUGGCACAGAAUUGGGAAUCUAGAACAAUAACAAUUGUGUACAGGAUGUUGUUUUUUUUGUUUCCUUUUUUCGCACUUUGCUGGAAUACUCAGUAGCUGAAGACUUCUGAAGACAACUCAUUUUGAGCCACAAUAAUUGUGAUUGUAGCUCAGGUAGAGGAGAUCAUGUGAAUGCCGACUCAGCUCCUUGGUGUAAGUGCUGUCCCUCUGUUGGGGAAAAUGUCAUCUACAACUGUUCAUACAUUUGACAUGGGUCUAACUAAUACAGCAUGUCAAUCUACCUGUUAAGCCUAGAGGAAAGAGGCCUCUCCAAGAAAUCAUUAAUUAGUACUAUUUGCUAUUAUUUCUUUUCACUGUCAAUUAUUGCAGGACUGUAUAUUUUCAAACCAUAUCUGACUGCCAGUUGCUCAUGUUUGCAAACAAUCUUAAGUGCUUGAUGUUUCUUUUAACUGAUCAGAUCUUUAACUGUCCAUUUGUAUUAUGUUAAAAAUUUAGAAAUUCAUCAUAGUCCAAGACGGCAUACAUGCAUACAUACAUACAUACUGUAACUGAAAGCUGACAACGCGUGGUGGGGGGGGGGAGUUUUUGGCAUUCAUCAUUAUAUUAUUAAUAUGAUAAAUGCACAGCAUCUACAUUGUUUCAAAAUGUCUUUGCGUUUCAAGUAAUAAGAACAAUAAAAGUCUUGAAUAAAGCA